AUGUCAGACUUUUUCUCUAUCUCUUCUCUCGUUCCCUUUACCACUCUAGUCCUCUCUCUCUCUCUCUCUCUCUCUCUUCUCUUUCUCUCUCUCUCUCUCUUCUCUUUCUCUUUCACUCAAUCUUUCUCAGUUUCUCGUACUCACAUCCUUUCUCUUCACGGUAAGAGUAUUUCUUUCUUUCUUUCUUUUACUGCUUCUACAGAGAAUGCAGAAAUGUGCCUUCUAGUUGAGUUGGUUGUGUACUUUCUAUUCGGCCUUGGAUUGCUGAUUUUCCAGCUAGCUCUCUAUCUCUGUAUCUGUCUCUGUCUCUGUCUCUCUCUCUCUCUCUCUAUCUAUCUAUCUAUCUAUCUAUUUAUCUCUAUAUAUAAAACAACUCCCUCUUCUUUUCUUUUUUUUUGUUUAACGUAUAUUUCAAAUUUUCGGUCCCCACCCCCCGACCUUAAGCGGACAUCCGUGUCCAUUUUUCACUUUAUUUUUCACUUUUUCUCUCUUACUUUAAGCAUCCCAAAUCUCUGUCGUUGCGGAGAGGCUCAGCCUACUAGUGUUAUUCUACUGCUCUCUCUCUCUCUCUCUCUCUCUUUCUCUCUUUAUCUCUCCCUCACUCUCUCUUUCUCUCUGUCUAUCUCUCUAUUCCUCUCUCCCCCUCUCUCUCUACCUUUGUCUAUCUCUCUCUUUCUCUCUCUCUAUCCCUCUCUAUCUCUCUCUAUCUCUUUCUCUAUCUCCCUCACACUCUCUCCCACUCUCUCUUUCUCUUCCUCUCUCUCUCUCUUCCUCCCUACUUUCCUCCCUCCCAGAAAUUAUCUCUCUCUCUCUCGCUCUCUCUCUCUCUCGCUCUCUCUCGCUCUCUCUCUCUCUCAAUUUGGUGUCAGUCAGAGCUUCUAUCUCUGA